AUGUCUCAAUUAGCUCUUUUAUCCAGUCGGGUGUUGCGUAGCUCACGCGUUGCCGCAGCUUCCAGAAGAGCUACGUUGACGGCUUCACUGACUUGUACACGAGGUAUCAACUGGAGUUCUGUGAAGUCACAAAAGCAGGAAAUACUAAGCACUCCAGAGUUGAAUAAAUAUAAGGAAUACUACGCUAACCUACAACAUGUUAUAAAUAGCGUGCCGAAUGAACUGGCUGCGAAAUCACCAUCUUUAGUGACCCUGCAUAGGAGGCUGCAAUUGCCCGAUUCAUUCGAGCUGUCUACACUUGCAAGAUGUCUGACAUGCCGGUCAUCACAGUUGCCUGUGGACCUCAAUACAUUGUCCGUAGGGGCUGCUUUGCCAACUACUACUCCAACAAGUGAUUUUCAAGACAAUCAUGGACUUAACAUAUUCGGCAAAAACUUGCUAACAUACUACGUGACUCAACAACUUCUGGCAAAAUAUCCUCGCCUACCUACAGUGGUUUUAAAUGCCGCAGUUGAUGCAUACAUUUCCCAGAAUGUCUUGGCUAGUAUUGGGAUGUCAUGGGGUAUUGAGGUUGAGAAUAGCUCCAUUUUAAAAAGAUAUUUGAAAGAGGAACCCGUUCAGUUAACCCUUGGUAGGUUGCGUUUCUUUAACAAUACUUUGGGUCACGAGGAUGGUGUCAAGUUGAUCACAUCGCAUAAUUUUUCUAAAGAAGCGGCCUAUGCACUGGCAGUUAGAAGCAUCAUUGGUGCGCUUUGGGCAUACACUCAUGAAACUAACCCCGAGUUUGCAUUCAAAUUUAUCGACGAUCACAUACUCUCCAGAAAAUUGGAUGUAUCUAGAAUGUUUCAAUUUGAACAACCCACCAGAGAAUUAGCAGUGCUUUGUCGUCGGGAAGGGCUGGAACGUCCCAUCUCUAAAUUGCUGGCGGAAUCUGGACGACUAUCGAAAGCACCAGUUUUCAUCGUUGGGGUUUUCUCUGGGGAUGAGAAAUUGGGAGAAGGUUUUGGCUCUUCUUUGAAAGAAGCCAAAGCAAGAGCCGCAACAGAUGCAUUGAUGAAAUGGUACUGUUACGAACCUGUGGGGGGCCAAUCCCCUGUGGUUGACCACGGUGCUGUUAUUGUCUAA